UUUCUGAGGAGAUAUAAAAAGAACUGUGUUCAACAAAUCAGCCUACUUCUCCUAUGGCCCAUGUUUUCUGUCUCUGCAAGUUACAUUUCAGAACCUCUGCUCAAUAGAGCGGAGUACAAGACCCACAAAGAGUUCAAGGAAGACAUCGUCAAGCGAGAAAAACUUCUCUUUGAUCUCAGCAGCGAGAACGACAAGAUAAUCCUCAUUCAAUCAUCCCCUCCUCCUCGGUUUCUGGUCACAGGACGCAGAGGGCGCAAAGCAAAGUUGGUAUUGGCCUGGCAUCGCCGCCAACAUCGCGCAGACCAUUGGCCUUGAUCGAAACCUGGAUGGGAAAGGGAAGAGAAGGGAUGAGGCGAUUAGUGAGAGGCAGAGAAGGCUGUGGAGGGACCUUUGGUGGAGCUGUUUCCUGAGAGAUGCUUGGCUUGCUUUUGGCAUGGGAAGGCCAGUGAGGAUUAACACCGAGGAUUGUGACUGCCCGAUGCCGAUAAUUGCAGAUUCCUAAGUAAAUUUCCGGAAUGUAGUGCUCAGCGGGAAGGAUGUUUCUACAAAGAAUUCGGUCGAGUUCGCCAAUCUUUAGCUAGGGCUUCUUAGGGUCAGUGAAGGACUGCACAAAGUUUUGAGGGUUCGAUAUCGUGGCAACGUACCGC